UCUCCGUUUUUCUUUUCUUUUCUUUACUAAGUUUUAUUCUCAUAUUCGCCACCCCCAACAUGAGGGAGACGAACUCUGAAUCAUUUCUUUGGUAACUCCACGUUCGUUGAACCUUUGAAAGUUCACGCGAGUCUGCUCACCCCGGAAGACACGAGAGAACACGCCCAGCUCCAAAAGAUGACACACGCACGCUCGUUUUUAGCAGGCACAAAGAUACCCACAUAUUAAAAUGCCACCACGAAUCAGCCCUCUUAAGGAUGCCAUGCAUCAUGUUGUCACAAAGUCUGACAAAACGAAAUUAGAGGUGAAGUACAUUAAUGCGGUGAAAGGACAUGGACUAUUUGCAAAAGGUUCCUUUUGCAAAGGAGAUUUUAUUGUGGAGUACAGGGGUGAAUUGAUAAAUUAUGCAGAGCUGGAGAGAAGAAGAAAACUCUACCACCCAUCCUGUGCUGUUUUUAUGUUCGAGUUUAAGUGGAGAGGGAAAACAUGGUGCAUUGAUGCAUCUAGGGAAGAUGGAUCGUUUAGGCGGUUAGUUAACGAUGACCACCAACAUCCAAAUUGUAAGAUCAAGAAAAUUGAUGUGAAUGGAAAGGCACACCUGUGUUUAUUUGCGCUGAAAGACAUUAAAGAAGAAGAAGAAAUCACAUACGAUUAUGGGGGAGACGACUGCCCAUGGAGAACCCAACAGGUGACGCUGAUCCUUCUCUCCAGUCACAGACUCAGAUGGAUGAUGCUUCUGGUCAAACCAAGUCUCCUCAACAGGAGAACAGUAUUGCUGCUAAUAGCAGAGCAGCAGGUGACUCUGAUCCUUCUCUCCAGUCACAGACUCAGAUGGAUGAUGCUUCUGGUCAAACCAAGUUUCCUCAACAGAUUGCGACCCAGCGCCAAAAUUAGAUUUUUGUGCCAAGACUGAGAUGGACUAAAAAUAUCAUAGCAAGUUUGUUACAACAAAGAGACUUGAUGUCUUUUUUUUUUUCUUUUUCUUUUUUUGUAUUCCUCAGAACAUUCUCAUCAUCAAUAAUAAUUUAUGUAAUAUUAGUAUUCUUAUGUGAUAUUGACUGCAAAAUA